GACCCCUAAUGAGUUUAAUCUUACAGUCCAAGCUGUGGUCAGUAUUUAAAGGUCCACACUAACAGACUGACGUGCUGUUGGGCUCAGGCCUUCAGACAGAAUCUGAGCAGUGUGCUCUGCUCUGUGUGGAUGCAGAAUGAACAGUGCACACAGGUGUGAAGUCUUGGUUAAUGAGCCGACUCGGUGCUCACUGGGCAUGCUCAGACCUGCUCUGUUUUCUCCUCAUCAAGGACGCAUGCAAGAGAUACCGAGAGGAGAUCUGCAGCCAUCAGUCGGUUAAUUGAGCCAAAGAAGAUUUGUUCUCAGUGGUUGACAGUUGUUUUCCAUUAGACACUCAUUUCACAAGCAAGAAUGUCAAACAUUUGCUGGUUGCAGCCUCUUUAAUGUCAGGAUUUGCUGCCUCUCGCACAGACAGAUGCAGUAAAUCUGAAAAGAUGACCGGCGUCUUAUUAAAGUGCUUAGUCUUGGCGCUCUGUAUGGGCGCGCACAGGCUCUUGGCAGUCCCCCGCGCUGAGGAGGAUGAUGGAUCCGGUGACAGCGCCUCGACCCUGGCCUUUGUGUUCGACGUUACCGGCUCCAUGUACGACGAUCUGAAACAGGUGAUAGAGGGCGCCUCGCGGAUCCUGGAGAAGACGCUCAGCCGGAGGACCAGACCCAUUAAAAACUUUGUCCUGGUCCCCUUCCAUGACCCAGAUAUCGGCCCUGUGUCCAUCACCACCGACCCGAAGAAGUUCCAGCAGGACCUGCAGGAGCUGUUUGUCCAGGGUGGGGGCGACUGCCCUGAGAUGAGUAUAGGAGCCAUAAAGAAGGCCUUGGAGGUUUCGCUGCCUGGAUCCUUCAUCUACGUCUUCACUGACGCCAGAGCCAAAGACUACCGCCUGAAGAGAGAUGUUCUGCAGCUGGUGCAGCUCCGCCAGUCCCAGGUGGUUUUUGUGCUGACCGGGGACUGUGGAGACCGCUCGCAGCCUGGCUACAGGGCUUACGAGGAGAUCGCCGCCACCUCCUCCGGGCAGAUCUUUCACCUGGACAAGCAGCAGGUGAACGAGGUUUUGAAGUGGGUAGAGGAGACAGUUCAAGCCAUGAAGGUCCACCUGCUGUCCUCCAACCAUGACGCCGCACAGGAGAACAAGUGGGAAGUGCCCUUUGACCCCAGCCUUCGAGAGGUCACCGUGUCACUCAGUGGACCAGCACCGCAGAUCGAGCUCAGCGAUCCCUUCGGUCGUGUAGUUGGUGUAGAGCAGGGCCUGAAAGAGCUGCUGAACAUUCCCAACUCUGCUCGUGUCGUCAACCUGAAGUUUCCCAGACCUGGUGCUUGGAAACUGAAGGUGAGCUGCAGUGGGCGCCAUACUCUAAGGGUCACAGGAGUCAGCAAUCUAGACUUCCGGGCGGGCUUUUCCAGUGUACCCGUUUCAGAGUUCAACCACACAAGAGAGAGGCCAAUAAAAGGACUUCCAGCCCACAUUUUGCUGAAAUGCACAGGCCUGAAGCCUCCGGGUCAGCUGAGCCACGUGGAGCUCGUGUCCGGUUCAGGCCGCUCCUUGCGCACGAUCCCCGUCCCUCUGCCCUCUGACCUCGGUCAGCAGGGCCUGUGGAGUCUCCCGGAGUUCCGCACCCCCUCGCAGAGCUUCUUCAUCAAGGUGACGGGCAAAGACGCGGAGGGCUACCGCUUCCAGAGGCUGUCCAGUGUCUCCUACACCAACAUCGUUCCAGAUCCCCCAGUUGUGAGCAUGCCUGACGUGGUGAAGGGCUUCUACAUGCAGCCCGCUGUGAUUGGCUGCUCGGUGGACAGUGACAUUCCCUACAGGCUAAGAUUCACCAGGAAUGGGAUUACACUUGGAGAGGAGAAGCUCUUUCAGAAUUCUGCCAUUGCAUCAUGGGAGAUCGUCCAGGUGUCCGCUGAGGACGAAGACCUCUAUGAGUGCAUAGCACAGAGCAGUGCAGGACAGGGACGAGCCUUGACACGGCUGACUGUUAGAGAGCCUCCUCCGGUCCUGAAGCCGGCUGUGAACGUGACUUCCUCUGUGGGAGGCGUGGCCGUUCUGUCCUGUCAGGUUGAAGGCUCCGUGCGCCACAACUUGACCUGGCACCGAGCGGGUCGUACCAUCCGGGCCCGCGCAGGGAGGGUGAAGGUGCUGCCCGACUCGUCCCUGCAGAUCAGCGAGGUGCGGACUCAGGACGCCGGGGAGUACCGCUGUGUGGCCACCAACGCCCACGGAGACGGCAAAAUCACCGUGUGGCUUCUUGUUCCAGAGGCUCCUUCUGUGGUAGUUCAGCCCCAGAGCCAGGUUUUCUCCCGGGGGGCUGAGAUCCGCCUCGUCUGCUCCGCGUCCGGCUCCCCCCCCCCACAGCUCUUCUGGAGCCAUGGAAACAUGUUCCUCACUAAUCGGCCGAGGUUGAGUCUGAACCAGCAUGGAGUUCUGAUCAUAAGAGGGGCCCUCCCAGAGGAUGCUGGGAACUACACAUGUUUGGCAACCAAUGAGGCUGGGAUGGCCUCUCAGUCUGUGUCGCUUACUUUUGCAGAGGCGCCUAGAAUAACAGUGGCACAGCAGGCUGUACAUGUGUCUGUUGGUGGGGAUGCGACUCUGGAGUGUCAGGCCACAGGCGUCCCCCCUCCUCUUGUGCACUGGUUCAAAGGUGAGUUUGAGGUGGGCUCCGCUCCUUUCGUCGAGCAGGACGUACACCGCGGCAUCCUGCACAUUCGAGGCGUGCAGGAGGUCGACGCCGGUCAGUACAGCUGCGUGGCCAGCAGCUCUGCUGGAACCUCGUCUGGCACCGUCAGGCUGGUGGUUGGAGCGGGCCCAUUGUUCUCUGAGGCGCCGGCUGACGUGACAGCUAACGUGGGGGAGAACAUCACCCUCCCCUGCGUUGCCCGAGGUUCCCCGCAGCCCACAGUGACUUGGCACCGGCAGGACGGCAGGCAGAUUCUUACAAGGACAGACAGACACAGUAGAACAGUGCAGCUGGAGAACGGACAUCUUCUAAUCCAGAGUGUCUGGCUGGAUGAUGACGGGCUGUACAUCUGCGAGGCCAAGAACCAGUUUGGAACCAUCAAAGCUGAGGCCAGAGUCAGUGUCACUGGACUGGAGCCCCCUCUCUUGGCCCAGGGCGCCCCGGUCCUCACGACUGGCAUUGGUCAGUCCCUGAGCAUCCCCUGCAUGCUGAUGGAUGGAAUACCACUUCCAGAAAGACACUGGUCCCAGAACGGAAAACCUGUUCGGACGAAUGGGAGGACGUUCCUGAGGAGUGAUGGCAGUUUGCACAUCGAAAGAGCUGCCCUGGAGGAUGCUGGGACAUAUGUGUGCACAGCAGUGAAUGUUGCAGGCUCCAUGAACAUCACAGUCAGCCUGGAGGUCCACAUGCCCCCUGAGAUCAGCGCUGGUCCCUACCACUACAUAGCCAACGAGGGCGUAGCCAUCACACUGUCAUGCGAGGCCAGCGGAGUUCCCAAGCCAAACGUUGUCUGGUCCAAGGGGAGGCAGCCUCUGCCCGGGGACCACUCGUCCCGUCAGUCGGAGCCCGACGGAUACCUCCACAUCCCCCGCCCCACCGCUGACGAUGCAGGCGUCUACAUCUGCACCGCCACCAGUCCAGUGGGCUACGCGAGCCGAGAGGUCCAGCUCAGUGUCAACACCAUGCCGAAGAUAAUGGGCGUCAGCGGCCAUGACAACGUAGUGAAGAUGGCGGCGGAGGUGGGGAACGAGGUUGUUCUACCCUGUGAGGCCCAGGGGAGUCCCUCUCCUCUGGUCACAUGGAGCAGAAACGGGCACCCCAUCCCCCCCGUCACAGCUGGGUUCACUGUUUUGCCUUCAGGCUCUCUGAGGAUCACUGAUGUGCGCCUGAUUGAUAGUAAACUGUACACCUGCACUGCAGAAAACCCAGCAGGCAACGUGUCCCUCAGCUACAAUUUACACAUUCAAGCCAAGCCCAGAAUCCAGCCGGCACCUUCCCUCCUGAAAGCCCUGCUCGGCCAAACGGUGACUCUGCCAUGUGUGGUCCAGGGAGAGCCAAGCCCUGAGGUCAGCUGGUAUCACAAUGGACUUCCUGUCGGGGGCAAGAACACUACGCCCCUCAGGAUCCAGCAGGUCAGCCAUGAAGACCAGGGCACUUACCAGUGUGUGGCCAGGAACAGCGCUGGACAGGAGACCUUGGAGAUCAAGCUGGAAAUUCUUGAGGCCCCGUCCUUUGCAGAACCUGGGGAUGCCAUCAUGGAGAAAACAGCAAACAGCAAGGUCAUCAUCCCCUGCCCUGCUGAAGGUUCACCUCGUCCCAAGGUUCGCUGGUUCAAGAAUGGCCUGGAGAUACAUCCCGAACAGUCAGAGCUUUCUGUGGCGAGGGACGGAGCUCUCGUAAUUAGCUCGGCGUCCGCCAGCCACAGCGGGGACUACAAGUGUGUGGCAACCAAUGAGGCGGGCUCCGUGGAGAGGAAGACCAGGCUGAAAGUAAAAGUUCCCCCAGAGAUCCAAGAUGAUGGCCAGCCACUGAACCUCACAGUCACCUUGAAGCAGCCUCUCACUCUGGGCUGCGAUGCCUUCGGGAUCCCCUCUCCGACAAUCACCUGGACUAAAGAUGGUCAUCCUGUGGACAGUCCAGGGGUGUACCUGCAGAACGGGAACCGGAUGCUGAGAAUCUACAGAGUUCAACCAGAACAUGCAGGAAGAUUUUCCUGCACAGCUCAAAACUCGGCUGGAGAGGCCCGGAGAGAAUAUAACAUAGUGGUACAAGCUCCACCGGUGAUCUCAGGAACCUCCCGACUGCAGGAGCUAACUGUUGCACUGGGCCAGGAGGUGGAGUUCCAGUGUCGGGUUAGCGGACGACCAGCACCCAGAGUGGAGUGGAGCCGCGACGGAGAGGUUCUGUCCCGUGACGGAGACCCCCACGUGGAGUUCCUGGAAGACGGCCAGGUGCUGAAGGUGAAGUCAGUCAGACUGAGGGACCAGGGGCUUUACCAGUGCCUGGCCAGUAACAACGCUGGGACUCAGAUGCGCCAGUUCAGACUCACAGUACAAGCUCCCCCCACCAUCAAGGGCCCCACUGAGACCUCGGAGGUGUCAGUGGUGCUGGGCUUCCCUACAGUCCUCCCCUGUGAUGUGGAGGGCUCACCCACACCCAGUAUCACCUGGUUAAAGGACAACCAGCCCAUCGUGUCCAGUCCCCAGCUGACAUACACUCGCGGUGGGCAGGCGCUGCGACUGGGCUCAGCGCGGGGCGACAGCACCGGCCUCUACACCUGCAGGGCCACGAAUCCGGCCGGCACCGCCGUCAAACAUUAUUCUCUGAGCGUCCUGGUCCCACCACGGAUAGAAGGUGACUCCUCAACGUUUGGUGGUCAGGAAGAGAAAGUCCGGAUCAACGGGACUUUAACUCUGUCCUGUCUGAGCAAAGGUUUCCCUGAGCCUAAGGUUCAUUGGUUCAAAGAUGGACAGUUGCUGACCGGAAACGUCCACGUUGGCGUUCAGGAGAGCGGCCACCACCUCCACAUUGAGAACGCCAAGUUGUCCCACGAGGGCCAGUACACCUGUGUGGUCACCAACUCUGCAGGGGAGGACAAGAGAGACUUUCGCGUCACCAUUCAGGUUCCUCCCAUCUUUCACCGAGUGACUAACAGAGAAGCAGCUUGGGGUCUGGGACACGAGGGUGAUGAUAAAGAGGACAUGGUGGAGAAGGUGGAGGUGGUCCUGAGCCAUCCGGUCAGCCUGUCCUGUGAGAGUAAUGCCAUCCCCCCACCCAAGCUUAGCUGGUACAAGGACGGACAGAAGCUCACCUCCGGCGAUGGAGUGGUGCUGCUUCCUGGUGGACAGGUGCUGCAAAUUGCGCGAGUGCUGAAAGAAGACGCUGGGAAGUACACAUGUCAGGCUGUUAAUGAAGCUGGAGAGGACCACAUGCACUUUGAACUGGAGGUCUUAGUCCCUCCUGUGAUCAUGGGAGCAUCAGAAGAGUUCAUGGAGGAGAUGGGAGCGGUGGUCAACAGCAGCGUGGUCCUCCACUGCGACGCCACCGGACACCCCGCUCCAGUGGUCUCCUGGCUGAGGGACGGGCAGCCGGUGCACACGGACUCGCAGCACCACAUCAGCGAGGACGGGACUCAGCUCCAGCUCCUCGGCGUCCAGGUUUCGGACAUGGCUGGCUAUCUGUGCGUAGCUGAGAACAAGGUUGGCACAGUCGAGAAGCUCUUCAGUCUGACAGUGCAAGUGCCUCCGAGAAUAACUGGCCGCAAGGAGGAGGAGGUGAGUGUGAUCGAGGGCCACAUGGUGUCACUGCUGUGUGACGUCCAAGCAUACCCUCCCCCAGAGAUCACCUGGACCAGAGACGGGCAGGUCCUGCACUUCAGCACCGGGAUCCACAUCCUGCCAGGAGGCCAGAUGCUGCAGUUGCCUCGGGCGAGGCUGGAAGACGCAGGACAAUAUGUAUGCACAGCCACCAACUCAGCAGGCCAGGACCAGAAGAGUAUUCUCCUCAGUGUUUAUGUCCUGCCCACCCUGAAGCCCCGUCUAGAUGCUGAGUCAGACUCGGUCACCCCGCAAGUCGGCUCCUCUGUCACCCUGAGAUGCGAAGCUCGCGGCGUUCCCGAGCCUGAGGUCACCUGGUACAAAAAUGGGCUGCAACUGGCCGCAGGUAACGGACUGAGGAUGGAUGGCCACCAGCUGGAGAUCGUCGGAGUUCAGUUGGCAGAUGGGGGCACCUACACCUGCAAAGUGUCCAACGUGGCUGGACAGGUGGACAGGACAUUCAGACUGACAGUUCAUGUCCCACCUGUGCUGGGCGGGUCUCUCCGGGAGUCCCUAAACUACACCCUUGGCUCCCAUGUGGCCCUGCUGUGCGAGGCCUCAGGGGUCCCUGUGCCCAGCGUCACAUGGCUCAAGGAUGGAACUCCUAUUGAGAGCAGUCUGCAGUGGCAGUGGUCCGUUCGGGGGUCCAGGCUGGAGCUGGGGCCUCUCACGCUGUCUCAUGCUGGAACAUACACCUGUGUGGCCAAGAACAGCGAGGGACGGACGCAGAAGGACUACACACUCGCAGUGCAGGUAUCGCCCAAAAUCCUGGACUCUGAGCUCCCCUCUGACGUGAGUGCAGCCACGGGAGAGGAGGUGACGCUGGAGUGCAGAGCAACUGGGAUCCCCUCGCCACAUCUCAGCUGGCUGAAAGACGGCGUGACUUUAGAGCCAUCAGACGCUCGCCACAUCACUGUGACCUCUGAAGGCAGCACGCUGACAUUACUGAGGCUGAGUCCCGAGGAUUCUGGGACAUACACCUGUUUGGCUGUCAGCCCAGCUGGACAGGAGAGCAAAAUCUACACCCUCUUUGUUCUCGUCCCGCCGUCCAUCUCGGGUGAGACGACUGUCCCCAGAGAGCUGCAGGUCACACAGGACAGCGUUGUGACUCUGGAGUGUCAGGCAGCAGGAAGCCCUCCUCCUCAGAUCAGCUGGCUGAAGAACGGACGCCCCCUGCUUCUGUCUCCUCGUACUCGUCUCCUGUCCGGUGACUCCGUGCUGAGGAUUUCUCCCGUGCAGCUGUCCGACUCUGGAGUUUACACAUGUGUGGCACGCAGCCGAGCCGGUCUCGCCGAGCUCAGCUACGAUGUCCAGGUCCAAGUGCCCCCAGGAGUGGAUCAUGUUGAACCCGUGGAGCCAGUUACCGUAGUCCAGGGCUCCCUGGUGACGUUAACCUGUGAAGCGCGGGGUGUCCCCCCUCCGACGCUGACGUGGUUAAAGGACGGCCAGCCCCUGUCCCUUCACCGUAACCUGCUGCUGGAUGGACAGGAGACACGGCUGCAGCUGCCUGACGUAGCGCCUUCAGACGCCGGACUCUACAGCUGUGUGGCCAGCAACCAGGCAGGAAGCAGCACGAAGAGCUUUAACCUCACCGUGCUCGAGCCUCCAAAGAUAUCCAGCUCCAGCUCUCCACAAGAGCUGAACGUAGCCGUGAACAGUCCACUGGAGCUGGAGUGCUCCGCAACGGGAGUCCCUCCUCCCGCCCUCAGCUGGCUCAAAGAUGGCCGCCCCCUGGAGGGAACCGACAUCAUUCAGCAGGAUGGACACUUUGUCCGGAUUAGCAAAGUCCAGGUGGAGGAUGCAGGUCUGUACACCUGCUUGGCCAGCAGCCUAGCCGGAGAGGAUGGAAAGAACCACUGGGUCCGAGUCCAAGUCCCGCCCACCCUCCUUGGCUCCGGUGAUGUGAGGACGUUGACGGUGCCCCUUAAUGGACAUCUGACCUUGGAGUGCCUGGCUGACAGCGACCCGGCUCCUGAGAUAGAGUGGUACAAGGAUGAGGCUAAACUGCAGCUGGGUGGUCGUGUCCAGCGGCUGGCAGGGGGUCAGUACCUGGAGAUACAGGAAGUCAGGCCUGAGGACAGCGGCCAGUACAGCUGCGUGGUCACCAACAUGGCCGGAAGCACCAGUCUGUUUUUCACGGUGGAGAUUGUCUUACCACCUGUAAUAAAGGCAGGAAGUUCAGCGGUGACGGCGCAAAUCAGCCAGGAUGCAGUUUUACCGUGUGAAGUCGACAGCGACUCCUCAACGACGGUCAUGUGGAGGAAAGAUGGCUUCCCCGUAACUCAAGAUAACAAUAAGUACACAAAGUUGUCAGAGGGCUCCUUGCGUGUACAUGGGGUUCAGUUGAGUGAUGCUGGUCGCUACUACUGCACUGUGUCCAACCAGGCUGGCUCAGAUCACCGGGUGGUGGAUCUGCGGGUGUUCGUGGGUCCGUCAAUCAGUCCAGGUCCAUUCAACGUGACAGUAACCACUGGGAUCAGAGCUGUGCUGAGCUGUGAGACGACAGGCAUACCCCCACCUAAAGUGUCCUGGAAGAGGAAUGGCACUCCGCUUGACGUCAGCCAGCAGCCUGGUGCAUACAGGUUACUGUCCUCUGGGUCGCUGGUUCUCCUGUCACCAUCCAAUGAGGAUGAAGGUUACUUUGAGUGCACUGCUGUCAAUGAUGUCGGGGAGGAGCGAAGGGUCAUUGAGGUCAUCCUGCAAGUCCCACCGUCCAUUGAAGACGAUGUCACGACAGUCACGGCUGUGAAGAUGUCUCCUGUGGUGUUGCCUUGUCACGUGCAAGGACGCCCUCAGCCCACUGUCACCUGGACGAAGGGCGGAGCCAAACUGGGCUCCAGAGGAGGAAGUUAUCGUGUCCUUCCCACCGGACUGCUGGAGAUAACUGCUGCGGUGCCAAGCCAUGCAGGCAGGUACACAUGCUCAGCCAGAAACCCAGCUGGAGUGGCUCACAAACACAUCUCUCUCACAGUGCAAGAGCCCCCAGAGAUCAGGCCAAUGGCAGAGGAGGUACAAGUGGUGCUUCAUCAUGGGACCGUUCUGCCCUGCGAGGCUCAUGGCUUUCCCAGACCAUCCAUCACCUGGCAAAGGGAGGGAGUUCCCAUAGCAACAGGCCACAGGCUUGCCUUGCUGUCUAACGGAGCCCUGAAGUUUUCUCGUGUCACGCUCGGUGACGCGGGGACCUACCAGUGCCUGGCAAAGAAUGACGCUGGCGUAGCCGUGGGCAGGACCAAACUAGUCCUUCGAGUUCCCCCCGUGCUGAGUGUGCCUCGGGUCGAGUACACCGCAGUGCUUGGCCAGCCGGUCAGCCUGGAGUGCGUGGCUGACGGGCAGCCGCAACCCGAAGUCACUUGGCAUAAGGAGAGGAGGCCUGUGGUUGACGGUGCUCAUAUACGUAUCUUUUCCAAUGGAACCUUGGCGAUUGCUUCCACCCAGCGCAGCGACGCAGGCCUGUACACAUGUACCGCCAAAAACCUCGCCGGCAGAGCCAGCCAUGACAUGAGGCUGCUUAUUCAAGUCCCGCCCAUGAUUCCUCCGGCGCAGACCGAGCUGUCAGUCAUUCAGGGAUUUCAGGCGCUGCUGCCGUGUGCUGCACAGGGUUCACCAGAGCCCAGAGUGUCAUGGGAGAAGGAUGGAGCCGCUGUGCCCAACCUUCCGGGGAAAUACACCGUCCUGCGAUCAGGAGAACUGAUCAUCGAGAGGGCUGAGCCAGGAGAUGCUGGUGUGUUUACAUGUGUGGCUACCAAUGCAGCAGGCUCCGUGAGACAAGACGUCCGCCUGGCCAUCAACACGAGGCCGGCCUUCAAGGAGCUGCCAGGCGAUGCGACUCUGAACAAAGGGCAGCGUCUGGCCCUGUCCUGCCACGCUCAGGGGACACCGUCUCCGGUCAUCUCCUGGACGGUCAACAACAGUCCUUUCUCAGGUGCCACCGUUGAUGAGGCCGGCCGGAGCUCCGUGAUCAUUGACAAUGUGACUGUGAGUGACGCUGGGACAUAUGUGUGCAUAGCAGAGAACAGCGUGGGCUCCAUCAGGGCGCUCUCAUUCGUCCGAAUCAGAGAGCCUCCGGUGCUGAAGGGUGAAGCCCACAUGUCUCAGACAGUCGUCCAGGGUGGCUCCGCGAUGCUCGACUGUCCAGUCCACGGAGACCCCAGCCCCGUCCUGCGCUGGAUCCGGGAUGGAAAAGCUUUGCUCCGCUCCCUUCGAAUGCAAGCACUUCACAACGGAUCCUUGGUCAUUUACAGCAUCACUGCUGCAGAUGAAGGCGAGUACCAGUGUGUGGCUGAGAGUGAAGCGGGAACAGCUGAGAGGACCAUUACUCUCAGGGUUCAGGUCAAUGGGGGCUACUCUAACUGGGAGGACUGGGGUCCCUGCAGCAGCACCUGUGGACAGGGUUUCCAGGAGCGAAUCAGACUGUGCAACGACCCAAAACCAGCAAAUGGCGGCCGGCCGUGCAGCGGUCCCAGCGUGGACUCCAGGAAAUGUCAAGCUGGUCUCUGUCCAGGAGAGACUCCUCGCAGGACCAGAGGCAGCCUGAUAGGCAUGGUGAACGACAGGGAGUUCGGUGUGUCCUACCUGGAGGCCAACAUCACGGACAACGAGGAGGGGAGCAGCAGUCUGCAGGCCCGGCUGGACAACAUCCCCCCCAGUGUGGGUCCCUUGUUGCGGGUGCUGGUCUCUGUUUUUGCUCCCAUCUACUGGACCACAGUGCUGCAGAGCGGAGCAGCCAGAAACGGUUACUCCUUCACUCAGGGCCAGUUCAGACAGGAGUCUCAGCUGGAGUUUGAGAGCGGGGAGAUCCUUCGUUUGACCCACGUCGCCAGAGGCCUGGAUUCCGAGGGAGUUUUACUAAUUGACAUCGUAAUCAACGGCUUUGUGCCUCCUUCGUUAUCGUCGUCUCAUCUGAGCCUACAGGACUUUGAUGAGUCCUACGUGCAGACGGGCCAGGGGCAGCUGUACUCGUGGUCGUCGCAGACCCACCAGAGAGCAGGAAACCCCAUGGUGCUGCGCUGCAAUCACACCAUCAUUUACGAGGGCCAGGAGGAGCGCCGGGGCCCUCUGCUCCAGCUGCUCAAAGUGUCGGGGCUGAACAGCGUCUACAACAUGUUUACUCUGACUCUGGACUUCCACAUCACCACCAGCCUUCUCAUACCAGACGGUUACGGAGACUCUUGCCCUCGGGGUUUCGCUCUCGACGCGGCCUCCUACUGUGCUGACGAAGACGAGUGUGCGCUCCAGUCGCCCUGCUCUCACUCGUGCACCAACAUCAUGGGAGGCUUCUCCUGUGCCUGCCCCUCUGGCUUCACCGUCUCCACAGAGAGCAACACGUGCCAAGAUAUCGAUGAGUGCUCUCAGGGCUCACACAUGUGCCACUACAACCAGCAGUGUGUCAACACAGUGGGCACGUACCGCUGCCAGGCCAAGUGUGGAGCAGGAUUUAAGCCCAGCAUCACAGGAACCAGCUGUGAAGAUGUGGACGAGUGUCAGGAGUCUGCUCUCUCUCCAUGUCAGCACCAGUGCCUCAACACUCUGGGCUCCUACCGCUGCGUGUGCCACCCCGGGUACCAGCUGUCAGGACAACGCUGCAUCGAUGUCAAUGAGUGCAUGAGAAACGUGUGCCCGGCUCACAAAGAGUGCCGUAACACAGAGGGAGGAUACCAGUGCUUCGACAGCUGCCCUGCUGGGAUGACCAAAGCAGAGAACGGAGCCUGUGUGGAUAUUGACGAGUGCCAGGAUGGAAGUCACAUGUGUCGCUACACUCAGAUCUGUCAGAACACAGUCGGAGGUUACGGCUGCGUCUGUCCCAGAGGGUACAGAUCCCAGGGAGUCGGCCUCCCAUGUCUGGACAUUGACGAGUGUCUGCAGACGCCGAACCCGUGUGCUUACCAGUGCCGUAACGUUCCCGGCAGCUUCAGGUGCCUGUGCCCUCCUGGAACCGUGCUGCUUGGAGACGGGCGCUCCUGUGCGGGGCUGGAGAGAGGUCAGACCUUCACCAACGGCACCAGAGUCAGGGCAAGACUCCGCCCACAGCUGGUGUCGUCACUAGGACGGCCAAUCCUGUCCCGUUCUCAUGGGGUGUCCCGGAUCACCAGACAGAGCUGUCCUGUGGGGUACACAAACAGAGACGGCACGUGUGUCGACGUAGACGAGUGUCUGCUCAGGAAGCCGUGUCAACACGAGUGCCGAAACACCAUUGGCAGUUUCCAGUGCCUGUGUCCUCCAGGUUACCAGCUCUUACCCAAUGGCAAGAGCUGUAAAGACAUCGAUGAAUGCGUGGAACAGGGCAUCCAAUGUGGACACAAUCAGAUGUGUUUUAAUACCCGAGGGGGGUACCAGUGCCUGGAUACACCCUGUCCUGCUUCCUAUCAGAGUGGAGGAACUCCUGGGACCUGCUACAGGCCGUGUUCUCGGGACUGCGCCACAGGAGGCGCUCCUCUGCUCCUGCAGUACAAGCUGCUCACCCUCCCCUCUGGCAUUCCAGCCAACCACAACGUGGUACGACUGUCGGCCUUCUCGGAGUCAGGCGUCCUGCAGGAGCGCACGUCUUUUACCAUCCUGGAGCAGGAAUCGGAGAUGGGCGCGAUGGGCCGGGUGUUUGGCAUCAGAGACGAGGCGGGCAGGGGGAUCAUCUUCACCCUACGGGUCCUGGACAGAGCAGGACUCGUGCGCCUCAAAGUGCAGGCCACCACCAUCUCACUACAGGGCCGCAUCACGUACCAGAGCAUCUUUAUCAUCUACAUCUCCAUCUCGACGUACCCCUACUGAGCCUCUGUGCUGCCUCACAGGUGACUCUGGAUUACCCACAAAACCCUGUGCCCCGGACUCAUGAGAUCAGGUGGACGUGGUUAGUAAGUGGCGGUUAAGCCGGCUGUGAGUGCGACGUCACAGUGCUGAAAAGGUUCUGCUGAAGUAAUCACAGAGCAGAACCUUCUCUACAGAAGGCAUCUGAACAGACGGAUGAGCGAAACCUUUUGUUCCUUUAUUCACCACAUGCCUUACGAGUGCAUCCAAUCAGUAUCUGAAAACGCAGAAUGUAAAAAGUGUCCAUCAGAAUGUUUUGAUAACAUUUUGUACGUUAGAUUUAUUCUCAUGUUUGCAACCUGCACUUGGAAAUCUUUCAGUAGUUAUGAAAAUGCACAAUGUUUGCCCCUAUUAUUUUAAUUUAUUUAAGUCAUUUGAACACAUCACAUUCACGGACUUUGAAUUAAAGGAACAAUUCAGCCAACAAUGAAAAUUCAGUCAUUAUGUCCUCACCCUCAGCAGUCUGCUAAACAACUGAAGAAGCUGGGGACAAUUUUUUUUAACAUUUUAAAACAAGUCCCCAGCAUCUUCAGCAACACUGUGAAGCUCCAGAAAUGUUCUGUGGACUGAGAAACUUCACCGGACUUUCCGUCAGUGUGGGAGUGAGGAGAUAAUGACUGCAUUUUCAUUUCUGGCUGAACUGCUCCUUUAAUGAGGACCUAGUAGCAUUUGAAAAGACAAACCUGCAGUGGCAUAUUGUAACUCGUAACCAUGUAGCUAGCGACAGUGUUUGAUCUACGUGUUUUUGUACUCUUUUAUAACCUUUUGUAUCAUGUGAGACAGUUUUAAAGGUGCUAUUCUGAAGCGCUGUUGCUGUUACAGGGAAAACAGGCAGAUAUAUUACACACACCACAGAAACAGCACAUCUUUCCUGCAUUCAUGGUGCCAUACGCAACAGUUCAACAGUUCAACAUUCACUCAGUAAAUAAACUUCACUGUGUUGCAUUAAAAAUGUUUGGUCUACUUUGGCAGGUUAAACAAAUAUCUCUGUUGCUGUAAAUGAGCAAAUGAUCAAAUAUGUAUAGAAAUAAAAUGAACAACACUUUU